AUGUCUGUCCCCCUGGAGCAGGGCUCCUACCCCGGGGACAGGGACAGGGAGCAGGCAGGUCUGGGGACCCUACAGAGACAGCUCAUCUGUCCUAUCUGUCUGGAAGUAUUCACCAAACCAGUGGUCAUCCUGCCAUGCCAACACAACCUCUGCAGGAAGUGUGCCAACGACCUCUACCAGCCCUCUCUGUUCCAGGUGGGGUCUGGAGGGAGGUUCCGCUGUCCGUCCUGCAAUCAGGAAGUUGUGUUGGACCGUCACGGUGUCUACGGGCUGCAGCGCAACCUGCUGGUAGAGAAUAUUAUUGACGUCUACAAACAGGAAUCCCAGUCGUCAAAGCCUGUGGGCCAGCCCACCUGUGAGGAGCACAACGGUGAGAAGGUCAACAUUUACUGCAUCACCUGUCAGGUGCCCACUUGUUCCCUCUGCAAGGUGUUCGGUGCCCACAACACCUGCCAGGUGGCACCGCUGACACAAGUCUACCAGCAGCAGAAGGCUGAGCUGAGUGAGGAGGUUAGCUCCUUGGUGGCGUCGAACGGCCAAGUCCAAGCCUUCAUCGAUGAGUUGGAAGUGACCUGCAAGACUGUUGAGGAGAACUGUAAGACCCAGAAGCAGACAGUGUGUGAGAAGUUUAACCGUAUCCUCGCCAUCCUGGAGGAGCGACAGAGGAUCAUGAAGCAGCGAGUCACGUACGAGCAGGAGGAGAAGACGGGUCACGCUCGUUCGCUGGUGCAAUCCUACAGAGAGAGCGUAGAGACCAGCACCAAACUGGCAGAGACUGCUGUGACCACCAUGGAGGAACCUGAGAUGGCUGCCUUCAUGAAGAUUGCAAAAGACUUGAUUGUAAAGGUGAAUGAGGCGUCCAGUACCUGCAUCGUGGAGACCCUGGAGCCUGGUUAUGAGAACAUGGACCACUACAGGGUCAACUUCAACGCAGAGAAGAGGGCUCUGUACAAGUUGGACUUCAUCAAAGUGGAGGAGGAGGGAGAGGAGGUUCCUGAGGAGGCAGAACCAGAGCCGGAACCAGAAUGUGAACCAGUUCUGGACCUAGAACCGGAGGCCGUUCUGGAACCAGCAACAGUUCAUGAACCAGUGGCACUGCCAGCACUGGUGCAAGAACUAGAGCCAGAAUUAGUACCACAGCCAGUGCCGGUGACAGUGUCGGUGCCGGUGCCAGUACUGGUGGAAGACCUACGGACAGAACCAGAGCAGGUGCCAGUGACAAAGCGACAGCUAGUUCCAGAACAUGUGGCAGUUCUAGAGCCGCUGGAAGUUCUAGAACCAGAGUCAGCAUCCAGUCAGGUCCUGGAUGCAGAGCCUGUGUUGGAGCUGAAGACAGUGGGAGAGUGUUGGGGACUGAAGGACCCAGCAGAGCUGACAGAGCAGCUCAGGGAUCAAGCAGAGGGGUGUGAUGCAGACCUGCAGAAAGAGGAGUUCUGUGACCGAGAGGGCUUAAAUACACAACAGGCUGUCACGCUCUUCUUCUUCAUCCUGGCCCUGGUCAUCAUGCUCCAGACUGUGUGGGCCCACAUCAAGAGCCUUGCUUUUAUAUAG